GCGCGGGCCGUCCAGAUGGUGGUCCAGGCUCGGAUCAUUAAAUACCUGCUGUUCAUCCGGCAGAGCGGCUCGGACGGAUCAUUACGUGAGACUUCCAGCAGCCUGUCUGUGGGACAGAAAGAUCAGGACAGGGCAUUGGCGGCGGCACUGACCGACAGCCUCUGGUUGGCCGGCCAGGAGGUCAGCGCCACCGUUACCUUGGUGACCGAAGACUACUGCAUCACACCUCACCUGGACUACAAACUGGACAACUUCACAGAGAGGCUGCAGCUGUUCACGUUUAACAAUAAGGACGAUGUGAAGAAGUUCAUCCUGGAGCACAUUCAGUGUUUUAAAGAGGAGGGGAGUCACGGAGUCAUCCUGUUCCUGUACAGUCUCAUCUGCUCCCGGACAGUGGACAGGCUGAAGGAGGAUCUGGACUCCUCCACCUCCCACCUGCUGAACCUCAGUCUGGGAAACUUCGUCUGUCGCCAGGCUCUGCUCAACCUGCUGCUGACAGGGACGGCCAGUCCGCACGUCUUCAACGGCAUUCUGUUGUUCGGGGAGGACGGACGGCCUCUGCAGCGCCCCCUGCAGGGCGUUCUGUCCCGCAGCGACGUGGGGUACUUACACUGGAGCCGAGAGCAGAUGGAGAGAGGCAGACUGCCACAGGUGGGCAGCAUGCUGAAGACCCCCCUGUUCCCGGUGUGGCUCUGCUGUAUAAACUGCAGUCACUCUGUGGUGUUUGGUCUGAACCGCUCGCUGCUCUCUGAUUGGAAGAUGGAGCACCUGUUCACGCUGUACUACUACAAUGGGCAGCGCUCACAGAGGACGACCGCCCGGCUCACUGUGGAUACUCACUCUCACCACUGGGAGAGGUCCUGCAGACUCUCAGAUGGAGACCCGGAGAAAAGGUUCCCUUCACUUGAGAUGACCAUCAGGACCAAGUGGGACGGAGCCGCAAUAGACUGGAGCGGCAUCGUACCUUUCUACUGACCACCUGACAGGAAGCUCCUCCAAUCAGCAGGCAGCAACACGUGGCAGAGCUGCAGGACGACAGCUGAUUAACUGUGUUUAAAGUUCCCCUAAUUAAAACGUUGUCAGCUGAUCUUCAGUCUUGUGUUUCUUCCUGAGAGAAAACUUCUCGACGUUUAGUUAGAGACGCACCGAUGUGUGUCAGAUGUGUCCGAUUAUGAGCCGGUCAAACACGCAGCACAAUGGUUGUGAUAUGCAUUUUCAAUUUUCACAUAAACAAAAUCUUGAGUGGACACAGCAAAUUAAAAACUAGAAA